UUCACCCUGACGAGCUUCCGUAGCUCUGGUCAUGUGAUAUUGUUGUGGUCCGAGUUACGGAUGCAGGUUUUAAAUCGACAAACACAGGUUUUAAUUUUGUUAUAUAACGGAAUAACCAUGUUUACAUUCAGCCCUCAUGCCCAUUGCUCUCAGGUGUAGGACACCAUCGGAACCAACAUCUGUAAUCAGUUCUGUCAAAGCAUUAGCCCAGCCCAGUUUCCUCCAGAGGUGAACCGAGAGAGCUGGGUGACAUCCAUCUGGUGGUCGACCCAUAGUCAUGUUCCGGUGGAUGCUUGGGGGUCGGGAUGCCCAACGUGCCGUCGAGAACUCCGUCUUGUGCAUCGGAGAGGAACAGCCCAAAAACUGGUUCACUGAGCUGCAGGUGCUGAAAGGACAUUUCGACAUUGUUCGAUUUCUGGUGCAGAUUGAUGACUUUAGGUUCGCCUCAGCUGGAGACGAUGGCUUGGUUCUGGUCUGGAACAUCGAGACUGGGGAGAAGCUCCUGGAGAUGAGGGGUCACUCCCAGCAGAUCACUGCCAUGGCAACGCUGACCCGCUUCUCCAGGGACAGCCCCCACACCUCGCUGGUCACCGCCUCCUCCGACCGCAGCCUCAGUCUGUGGGAUCCAGAAACAGGAAACAGAGUCCAGACUAUUUCAGACCUCCAGUCCUCGGUCAAGUGUCUGCUGGUGCUAGAACGUCUGUCCGUGUGGCUCUCUGGGGGAGCAGAGCUGUGUGUUUGGAACAUCGAUUUCCAGCUGCAGUGCCAACAACAGAACCACAGCGACACUGGGAUCACAGCACUGGUAGAGUUGCCCAAGAACUGCAUAGCAGCAGCCAUGGAUAAAGAUAUCGUCAUCUACAGGCUGACGGCUGAACUGCCGCUGACCCUGGCCAAGGUCCGCUGCCUCUCGGACCACCAGGACAACAUCCGUACCCUCAUCCCCGUCAAUGACGAGCUGUUUGCCAGCGGCUCCCAUGUGGGCGAGCUCAUCCUAUGGGACGCAAGCGACUGGAACAUCCUGGCCUAUGAGCACAUCCUGUGGGAGGAGUCACAGGCCGACAGCCAGAGUGAAAUCCGACUGGGCUCUCCGAAGCCCUGCGAGAUGUCCAUUCAGCAUUUGACCACCAAUGGCACGCUAAUCCUGGCAGCAGUGGGCAGCGGUCUGUACGUAUACAGUGUCCUCACCAAGACGGUGGUGGCCUACAGGAGGGCCGCCCACGACUCCAACAUCCUGCACACCAUGCUGCUGUCAGACAGUGAGUUGAUGUCGUGCUCUGAAGACGGCAGUGUGAGGAUGUGGGAGAUCCAGGACCUGCCCUUACCUGCGGAGGCAGCCUCUCCAGGGUUCUUUGGACUGUGGUCAUUCGGGCGAUCCAGUAAACAGGCGGAGCUUCCCUCGAGGAAGAUAACGGAGGUCCCGAACAUCAGAACCCUGGAGCUGACAGGAGAUCUGAUCGGCCACUCGGGGGCGGUCCAGAUGUUCCUGAGCUUCGUCGGGCACGGUGUGGUGACCUGCUCCACCGACCACCUGAUGAUCCUGUGGAAGAACGCCGAGCGGCAGUCUCACCUGCGCAGCCUGGAGCUCUUCAGGAGGCUGGAGGCUGGGCCCCCUGCCGGCGACUGGUAGGGUGCCCGGAGACGUUGCCCAUCAUGCUUUGCAGUAUUAUUUUAUUUAGUGGUUGCCGUAGGAGCUGCACAGUGCAUGUCCUUCUGAUGAUAGACGAAUGUCCCUCCGCAUGCACCUUUUCUGUAGUGUUGUGGUCGAUGGAUUUUGGAAAACUGCAUUCCGGAUAUGAUGAGUAUUAUUUAGCGAUUGCAACUUUGACCUGCGAGAAAUGUCUGUUUCCUUUUGCCUCAAUGGAUGAUAAAAACGACUGUGUUUUGUAACAGUUUAAUAUUUAAUGUCUGUGUGCCUAUUUUGUGGCACAACAUUUAUUUUUAGUUUAUUUUUCACAUCUGCUUGUAUACAAUUUGUUCCACUGAAGAUCGCUGUGUAUCACUGGCUUUACGUUCAAGUGUUUAAUGUAUGAAUUAUUGGUUGUGCCAAAAUAGAAGUCCUGGUUAUAUUAAAUUUCACUUUAUAUUUUAAUAAUCUUAAUUGUUUAUUUAUCUCUUAUUUGUCAAAUUUUAUAUGGAAUUAAAGAACAUUGUAUCUUA